AUGGCAGACAGGUCGGUGGAAGCAGGAGCAGGAACAGGUGUUCUUUUCACCCCAAGCCCACAAGUGCCAAGUGGAUCUGAAAUUGAGAUUCGGAGAAAGGGGAAGUUUACGGGGACGAUCAUCAGGGUCUAUAAAGCACUACCAGCAAGCAGCUUUGUCGCUGGAAAAGGCCCAAUAACUAUGUCGCAACUUGGAAGAUCACCCAGCCGUUCGCGCGGACGAUUGAGUAGCCGUUCCCGUGGAGGGUCACAGAGCCGUUCGCGUGGAGGGUCACAGAGCCGUUCGCGUGGAGGGUCACAGAGCCGUUCGCGUGGACGGUCACAGAGCCGUUCGCGGGGACGGUCACACAGCCGUUCGAGUGGAAGAUCACACAGCCGUUCGCGUGGACGGUCAGACAGCCGUUCGCGUGGACCAUCGCACAGUCGUUCGCGGGGACAAUCGCACAGCCGUUCGCGUGGACCGUCGCACAACCGUUCCCGUGGACCGUCGCACAGCCGUCCGCGUGGACGGUCUUCGACUUCUCGGCGUAAACAGUCCUCGAGUUCUCAACUUAGACCAUCGCACAGUCGUUCGCAGGGACGAUCACACAGCCGCUCACGUGGACCGUCUUCCACUUCUCGGCGUGAACAAUCCUCAAGUCUUCAACUUAAGCAAUCGUCCAGCACCCAUAGGCCAGAAAAUGCACGGUUGUCUAGCUCUCAUCAUGAACCGCCGUCAAGCUCUCGUCGUUCCAGUCCUCAGAGUAUUGGAUGUAGUGAAGAACCGUCCAGCAAGCAGCGGGUAACUAUGUUGCAACCUGGAAAAUCCUCCAAUUUUUCGCGUGAGCGGUCACGCAGUCGUUCGCAGGGACGAUCACACAGCCGUUCGCGUGUACCGUCUUUAACUUCUCGGCGUGAACAGUCAAGUUUUCAACUUAAACAAUCGUCCAGCACCCAUAGGCCAGAAAAUGCACGGUUGUCUAGUUCUCAUCAUGAACUGCUGUCAAGCUCUCGUCGUUCCUGUCCUCAGAGUAUUGGAUGUAGUGAAGAGCAGUCCAAAAAGCAGCCAGUAACCAUGUUGCAACCUGGAAAGUCCUCCAGUUUUUCGUGUGGACGGUCGCGCAGACGAUCACACAGCCGUUCACGUGGACCGUCUUCAACUUCUCGGCGUGAACAGUCCUCAAGUCUUCAACUUAGACAAUCGUCCAACACCCAUACGCCCGAAAAUGCACGGUUGUCUAGUUCUCAUCAUGAACUGCCAUCAAGCUCUGGUCAUUCCAGCCCUCGGAGUAUUGGAUGUGGUGAGAAGCCGUCCAAAACACAACAUGCACAGUCGCCUAGCAAAGAGCCUAAACAUAGACAUAGGCGGUCUUCCAUUUCCAAUUUGUUGAUUGAUUCUGCGGAGAUCGAGGUCCAAACUGAUGGUGAUAAGAAUGCACCAUAA